GUGAGUGUGAGAGAGGAAGUAGAAGAUACUUAUUAUGAUUACUCAAGAUUAGAUUUUUAACCUGAGUACUAGACAAUGAUCACCACUUGAGAAUCGACACUUCACCAGAGACAAUUAUAAACUCGGACACGGUCCACAACCCGCAUCUACGUACAGUCCUGUUGUACUCGUAGCUAUUGUGCUUGACAACACGAAGAACUAGUUGACUCUUACUCGAUAAUAAUUGAUUCUUACUCAAUAAAAAUAUUAGUUAAGAAAAGAUAGUUGAUUUUUGUUCGGUGUAGUUCUUUUUAUCGAUCAUUCAGAAGCAAACCAGACGUAAAAUGACAAGGACGAAGUGAAAGUGACACAGUUUUCUCACUAGAACUUAAAGUUUAGUAAAAAAACGGUAAAAAAAAAUCAAAGUGAAAAGGCCUGUGCUAGUGCCAGAGUUUCUAGUAAAGGACUCUGUUCAUGUAGUUCAAUAUUGACUUAAGUAAGAAUCUUCGCUCGCUAUGUGUAUAAAAAUUCAUAAUUAUUAUCAAUAUUUCUCUUACCUUUGAUGCAUCCUGCAGAACCUGAUCCGCCUAUGUCACUUCAGCAACAAGAGGACGAAAUCGUUUGAGUUUGUCUAAAGAGUUGAGAUUUUUCUUCUGACUAAUCAUGACCGCCAGCAUGCUGAUCUAAAACUGAAACGAUCCUCUCGCUAAACGAUCCUCUCGCUCCUUGUUUGAUCUGGUUCCUUCAGAGACGAGAAGUCCGUUGACAGGAUCCUCUUCUGAGGCUCUUUCACAGACGCAGUCUAAACCACCGCUACUGACCACGAUCACAGGAUCUCGCAAAAAAACGAUCACCAGUCUAGAUUUAUUGAUUCGUCGUCAGUGCUUGUCCACCUCGUGCUACUAUAUUGUAUAGUUUUUAUUUACGAUUACGAGCAGCUUCAACAUUCGUUGUACAAAAGUGGAUGAAGUAUAAUUUCGAUACUACAUACUGGUAAUAAAUAGUACAUGAUACAUGUAGAAUCAUACCAGAAUCAAUCCCCAAAAAAAUGAGUUACUAGAACCAAUGCAAUUUUCUAACUACUUAUGAAAAUAGGUGGAUGCUCAAUUAAUGAAUAACGCUUUGCAUGCUCUGUUUGUUAUGAUAGUUAUCUAGGUCUGUGUCCUGAGGCUCGAUAAUCUGAAAGUCCGCUGUUGAUCUGUUGACGCUCAAACGUAGGCGCGCAUUAUAUUUAUAAGAACAAGCUCACUGCUUCCGCAGUCUAAUUUCUUCGUUAUAGCUCCUCUGCAAACUACAACAUCCUUCUCAUUGUGGCAUCAAUUGAAUUGUUGGUCAGGUUUUUCAAAUAGAUGCUGUGUCAUCUUUUUUGUUGAAAAUUGCAGCGAAGAACAACCAACCUACAACAAACGCUAACCGUAACUACGUCGACAUCAAGAACAAUAAAUUGGUUAAGCCCUUGCUCAAGAAUCAUACCCGAGCAACUUAGAACGAAAAGCAAAAGCAUAAAACAUCAAAUAUUUGAAAUUUUUAGAACUCAACGUCUACAGCAUCAUAACCCUAAUAAAGAACAGCAUUACAACUGAUUGAGAGGCAGUCUUACCCUGCGGAAUAAGGUGAGUCAAUUCCUAUCCUAUCCUUUUUAUUGAAAGAGAUAUAAACCACAAAAUGGCGAUCCCGCGUGAAAGUGAGGACGUAACUAGCCAAAUUUGGGCGAUGCCCGAUAAGAAGAAGCGCACCCCCAAGGUCGACACGGCCGAAAUUUCCCGCGUGCUCGCUGAAUGCGAAGAAAUCAGCAAAAAUGUGCUCGAGGGUCAAAAUUAUGCUGAAUGAAGUUACAAAUACAACAACUACUACGUAAUAUUAAGUACUUGUUAUCACUUCUACAACGAUAUCGAUAAUAUCUCUCUAUCUAUAUUAAUUACUCCAAUAAAACGAAAACCACUCAUCUUUCGAGCUCGACUUCCCUCUCACAGCGCACGUGGUGAAGCAGAUUAAACUUUUCAAAUGCUGUUACACCUACCCCGUACAGCUUCAGCUAGAUCUGGUGUAGCUGUUGUUCUUGUUUUUGUCCAUGCACGUUCUGUUUUUGAAAUGUUGAGGUAUUUUGAUUCGCCACCACGCCCUCGUUCUUCUAAUCAGUAGGUGGGAACAAGGGAGCCGCAGAUAUGGCGAAGAAGAUGGCUUUUCCCAUUGCGCUUUCUCGGGUAGAUUUUUUGUUCGAGCUUGUGGCUGACAAAAAGCUCCAGGCGGCGGCUUCGAAGACCCUGUUUGACAUCGCUGAGCAUAUGCCGGAAUACGCCACACGUCAGUUUUUGUUACGGCUCCUUGAUUACUUAUAGAUAUACAUAGAUUCAACAAGAUUAUAUUCAUUGUAGAUGUAGAUUCAACAAGUUAGAAGAUCGUAAAAGUCAGUCCUCGCUAUCGCUUACACUUUUGUUUGGCUUUGGAUGAAACUGUUAUUUUGAAAUAUCAUGGGUUUGGGUUAUCGUUAUAGUCCUCUCCAGGAUGAACUACAUCUAGUCCUAGUAUUCAAAAACUUUCAAAAUCUUCUAGAGCCAGAGCCCUUCCAGAGCUGGAGGCCUUGCAAUUACACAUAAUAGAACUAGAAGGGGCUCUGGCUCUAGAAGAUUUUCAAAGUUUUUGAAUACUAGGACUAUGGUAGGGACGGCGAACCGUGAUUUGCAGCGAUGAAAGACCAACUUGAUCAUGAUGUAUCUAUAAGGCUGCUCCUCCAUGUUGAUAUGUACCCGUGGUGGUCUUGAUCUUGCUAUUGCUUCGUACUAGGGUUGUGGUUCUUCCAUAAAAAUUUGCUUAUCAUGCAGAUGCACAGCUGAAUGAUGUCGUCAUCUAAUUCGGAAGCGCAUGCGUGGCGCUCUUCAUGGUCUGGCUCUGCCUGAGCAGAAGAAGCUUGCCUUGUCGCUCCUUGACAAGUUUGCUACUGACCCGAAAGGCGCACGCAAGAGAAUCAUCGCUCAGGAGCUGGUGAACCUGGUCCCGGCUGUGGCGCCGUUGGGAACGGACUUGAAAGUAAAGCACGAGGCAGAACAAACCAUGCGAAAGCUCUUCCGCUGCUGCGAAAACGCAGACCUCAUUGCUGGCGGAUCCACUUCCACUGGCACAGGUAGAUGAAGUAGAAGUACUAGUACAAGAACUAGCACCAGGUGGUAGGCUGAAGUAGCAGUUGUAGGGCGAAGGCUAAGGCACACGCGCACACAAAUAAGUACGUAGAAGAAGUGGAAGUAGAAAAACGCUUGUUUAGAAUUUCGUAUGCUAUAAUAUAUAAGUCAGUGAACAAGUAAAAUAGAUGAUUGUAUUUGUGUUUAGAAUUUGGUAUGCUAAGUGAAGUAAAGUAAAUGAUUGCAUUUGCAGUUAUUUGUAUCAUAUCUACUUGAACUACAUGCUUUCAGGUUUCGAGGAAAGUGUGAUCAAGGGCGUCCACGGACAAGAUAUUCCAGGAUGCGUGGAGACUUUGGCAGGGUGCCUCUUCGUCCAGCGUGUCGAGAGUCCAGCCUUGAGCGUGAUGUUGCCGAUCUUUCUACGGGGUCUGAACAGCGACGAAAAGGUCGUGCGUCGCACCUGCGUGAUCAUCGAGAAUAUGGCCAAGUUGGUGGACGAGGACCGACCCGAGGAGGCUUUUCCGCUCACCGGCGCGGUUCUCGCUGCCCUGCGGGGGCGCACCGACACCGUGUCCGACCCCGAGGCGCGUGGCGUUGUCGAGCGCGUGGUGCGGCUGUUGGAGAUCCGUUUUCUGAUGGCCAACUCGCAAUCCCCAAGCAAGAGCAUCAGCGUGCUCGCGCACAUGCGAGCGGCGAGUCUACCCGCCGCCAAGCAGGUCGAAGCGAAUCCACAUCUCAACGAGUGGCUCAACGAAGCCGCGCUUAGCAUGCUGCGCACUGACACGGAACGCAUGGACGACUGGGACACCAUUUUCCGCUACGCGCACGGCAUGAAACGAGCAGAAAUCAAGAUUCUCAUCGUGGCGUUAAAGGGCAUGAUCUUACGAUGAACAAACAACUCUGACUGUUAGUGUUACUAUUACUCUCGCACUCGCUACCCCUACCACUCUCGAUCAUCAUAAAAGUAGACCAGAGCAGUUUUAGUUUAUAGCACCCAUGGCGCAUGGAGUUCAUGGAGCGCAGACCCAUACGGGACGCAAGAAGCGCCGCAUGUAGCUCCAUGCGAUCCAUGCACUCCAUGCCCUGCGAGCUGCCAAACCUUCGAAAUUUUUCUGCUUUAGACUUUCAACAAAUCACUUUCAAUCAGGAGAGACACAACUUUCGGCCAUAGAAUACCAAGUAAUAGCAGGUCUUUUGCGCUUAUUAACAAUAACAUUGUCAUAGACAGCGCUGCUCUGUGCCUGUCUAGAACAAAAACUAAAGCUUCUAAAACAAGAUUUUUAAUAAUAGAACCGAUUGACAGGUACAGGUAGGACUAGGUAGAGCUUGAGCAGGCACGAAAAAUGAAUAAUGAAAUGUUAAUGUUUGUGUACUAGUAGAAACCCGACAACGGGCUGUCGCUAAUGAUGAACCUGGACAGCGAUGAGCAGACACAUCUUUUUGGUGGCGGUGAUGAUGACGGAGACAUGAGCCAGGAUCUAUUUCGCGGUAGCUUCUCACUCGCAUUUGGUAGUUGCACGCUGAUCAAGGACACUCCCUUGCUCUUAAAGAAAAACCGUUUCUACGGAUUGCUAGGGGCCAAUGGCUGUGGAAAGUUACGGAUCUUCUAUUGCGAAUAAAUAUAAACUGCUCCUUCACAACAUUAGUUCUUCAUCUUCGUCCUCCACAUUUAUUAUUCGUUCGGUAGUCUUCGCGGUGCAUUUUGUGCUUGUUAGAAAAACUAAAAGAAGGUACUUAAAAGAAAUGAUUACUUAAUAAGAUUAUACCUUAUUUACCUUGUACUUGAAUAAAUGAUGGAAAGCACUCCCGGGUGCCUAGGAAUUUGCUUCGAGAUGACAACUACAUCAACAGCAUCAACCUCGUUCUCGCGCUAAGAACAACUUCGCUGAUGCGUGCGAUUGUGGAGGAAAAACUCGAAGGAUUUCCAAAGCGUGAUAAGCUCACCACCGUUUUCGUGGAGCAUGACAUCGGAGAAGAGCCUGUGUUGCUAGAGAGUGGGUCGAAGAUUGCCAAAAAAUCGACUUCGAACGGAGAUAUCCUUAAGGCUUGCGACCAUAAUCCAUCCUCGGAAACAUCCCAGAGGUGUUUGCAAGGGGAAACAAAACUGUCUGAGGGUGGUGGACUUUGAAAACUAAAGAUAACCGGGUAGCUAACUUAUAAAUAAAAGAUUCACGAGUAGGAGUACCUACCUUGUUCUUCUUUCAGUAUCUCGUUUAUUCUAUUAUGAGUUACUUGCUUAUUUCAACAGUUUAUCGAUAGGGGUAAUAGAAAAAUAUGCUCUAAUAUCUGUGACUUGGUCACCACAGACCUCUCCGGAACCGACUGGGUGUAUCACACGGUCCGCAACGUCUACGGAAACAAGAACGUGACGAAGCAGGACUGCGCAAAGGCACUUGCAGCCAACGGAUUCGGCCCCGGAAAGGCCGCAGACCAUACCGCGCAGCAAAUUACGGAGUACAGCGGAGGUUGGAAGAUGAAAAUGCAACUGGUCGCGGCUACCUUGGUGAAAGCGGACAUUUUGAUGCUGGACGAGCCCACGGCGCAUAUUGACGCUGCAAACACUGCUUGGAUGAGCCAAUGGCUUGCGAAGUUUCCGGGAUCGGUGGUGGUGACCAGUCACAACAUCCCGUGGCUGAACGAACGAAUAACGGAUCUGAUCUACUUCGAGAAUCGCAAAUUGAGGCAGUUUCACGGCGAGAAAGGCAAGACCGUUGACCUUUUUGCGCAGAAGUUCCCAGAUAAGCUGGAACAAAUUGUGCCCACGCAGUCAGAGUCGCAGGCCUUUGAGCUGCCUCCGCCAGGACCACUCGACGGGGUCUCAUCUAAGACAAAAGCUGUCCUCAAAAUGCAGAACGUCUCCUUCAAAUAUCCACAUCGCAACGGCACUCCAGCGAAAAAGAAUGCACCUAAUGUGGUACUACAACGGCUAACUUUCUUUUAACAACGUGCUGAUGCACAUGAACAUCCUGUUCCUGGAGAACGUAGUGAGGAUCUUGUUGCACAAUUCCAAUUUCCUUGAAGAAAAUGAAAUGAUAUUAGUGGAUGUGCUGGUUCUGCUGUGUUAACAAAAUGAGACAUGUACAGGAUAACCUUCCUUUUAGAGUACGGCAAGUACUCAUUUGUUCAACAUCAUUCAUGAAGAAAAACACAAUCUAAACUUCUACCUCAGGUGAACGGCGUGUCUUUGAACCUGUGCCUGAAUUCGCGCGUUUCUGUUGUCGGACCGAACGGUGCGGGUAAGAGCACGCUGAUGAGCCUCUUGCUCGGAGAAGAGCAGGCAGACACGGGAACUGUUCUGCGGCAUAGCGGUCUGAGAAUCGCGCACGUGGCACAGCAAGCUCUCCACCACCUGGAGAAGCACCUGGAUAAGACUCCGAACAAAUACAUGCAAUGGCGCUUUGAGGGUAUGGAUGAUUAAGACCCAACAAAAAACCAAACAUAAAAAUUCGAGCUUAAUGUCUUGUAUUUCUAAGAAAGUAGUAUCUUCACUAGCAUUAGCAUAGGCAUCUUCUUCAUCAUCUGUCCUCUUUACUAUCUCUAUCACUUGCGAAGUGACACUCCGAUUGCGAGAAUUUCAAUCAGGUGAGACCUGCAAAGAAUUAGAAUCCUCCUCAUGACAAUUCUUGACUACGACCACUUCUAGGACAUACAAGUACAACUUCUAAAACCACCGUGAAAAUUUCGAGAACCGGUCCAAGGCUGCUUUAGCCGCUUCAGAAGCGGAAUUGCAAAAGGUUCAAUGGAUGGUGCAAUAUCCAGAGGCCCUGGUCCGAAAAUGUGAAGGGAACGAAAAACCAUGGACAAUUCACCAAGUUCUGGGACGAAAAAAGGGAGAGGUAAUUAUAACUAUAACAAGAAGAAAUGAUAUCUGAGGUUGUGACUCAGUAGCUGAUUGCUUUAGUGUAGUUCUACUUACGUUAGUUACGUAGAUCGAAAUAUAUUUAUCAUGUGCAUGGACUUGGAUUUGGUUAUACCGAGACUUUUGAGUGAUGGGAUUUUUCUGUCCUCAUACCCUCAUGAGUGCCUAGAGUGCAUUCCACGUCUGAUCAUGGUCUCAGGCGCGUGCGUUUUCGCUGUACGAUCACGUCCCUGCGGGCACGAAGAGCAACGUGCACGCGAAAGUGAUUGGCAAGUCGAGCUACGAGUAUUCCGUUCAGUUUUUGACGCCUAGCGGGGACAAACGCGAGGUCUGGGUGCCCCGUGACGUGCUCAUUCAGAUGGGCCACGAGAAGCUGGCGUGCCGCGAAGACGAGAGGCAGGCAGCCGAGAAGGGACUGAUGCAGCGACCGCUGAUCCAGAGCGAGAUCGAGAAGCACCUCGCGAGUUUCGGUCUCGAUGCGGAAAUUGUGUCUCACACGCCCAUCGCGAAGUUGGCGGCGGGCCAACGCGCGCGGUUGGCUUUGGGCGCCGCGUUGUGGCUCAGCCCUCACAUUUUGGUGUUGGACGAACCCACCAACUACCUGGACAAGCGAGGUCAGAAGGCGCUUGUCAAGGGGUUGCAAUCCUUUGGCGGUGGCGUCAUUGUCGUGUCCCACAAUGAGGAGUUUUGUGCGGGCGUCGCUUCCGAGUUCUGGCGCAUGACCGGUCGGGACGGCCCGGGACCGGCCGGCACUCUGAAGCGCGAAGGCGAGCUGGCCGAGAACGCAGGCCCGCAGGCGGUGGAGUACGCGGCGAAGCUGGAGACGAUGUUGGACGCCAGUGGCAAUACGAUUGAGGUCUCCAAAGGCGCAAGUGUGAACAAGAAAGAGCUAAAACGGCAGAUUCGUGAAUUGGAAGGCAAGUUGAAGAAAAAGAGCGGUGGCAACAAGCUCCUCACCGAAGACCUCAAAUUUCAGAUCAUGGAGAAGGUCGCUGAUCUGAAAGAGCAACUCACUUCGAUCGAAACUGGACCGAUGCUGGCUGACAUGAGUUCCGCGAAAUCCGGAGGUGGUGCCGGUGCAAGUGGAAUGCUGAUGUCGUCGGCCUACUCUUCGCCGUUGCAAAGCACGUCCCUGGACGCAGCACUGGCUUCCUUGAGUAGCACAAGCCUACAAGUAUGCGAGCUUUCUUCCGAAGAUAUUACUUCAAGCAAAGCGCUAGGUGGGGCCAACAAAAACGGUGGCGCGGCCUUCCUUGGAGCUCCGAACAAGAAUACACCGAGUUCCCUGACUCCUCUAUCGACUGCCUCCGGUUAUGUGCUAGUCCCGGAACUUUUGCCGCGUUCGCUGUCUUCCAACAGUGGGUAUCAGUUGAUCGAUCCAGCGACGUCUCCCAAAAAGCAAGUGCCACCUGCACAAGCGGCCAUGGGAAACACGGACCGCCAAUACACUGGAAAUGUCGCGGAUUCGGUUGCAAAUUUGUCGCCGGCCAUGGGGAACGGGCAAAUCCAACGGGGAGUCGCGCCGGCCUACGAGUACAAAAAGAAAAACGAUUGGAUGGAAGGCUAA